AUGGCGACAUCACGAAUAAGUAUCAACACUAAUCAAUCUUUAAACACACGUGAACAACGUCAAGCACAAGCACGUUUCCGUACGCUUCAACGACGGACUAAUGCUUUGUAUGACGAGUUAUCACGUUCGUCGGUUAUUGCUAAAACAGCUGUCGAUGAUUUUAAACAAGCUUACGUGACAAUUACAAGCGAAUUUCAAGAACAACGGCAGCAUCUUCUCGAACAUCUUCAUCAUAUUCAACAAGAUAUUAAACAAUCGACGAAUGAAUUAAACAAAAUUCAAAAGAAUAUUCAUUCAACUCAGUCUCAACAACAGUCAAAGAAUCUACCAAAGAACUCGAUGAAUCUCGAUAUUCAACAAAUGAAUGAUAUGGUUGACGACAUUGAUCGUGUUUUGAAUAAAAUAGCACAACAACUGAAACCACUUCGGUCUAUACCAUUAAACGAUCAAACUAUCAGUGGGCCACCUAGUUCACGAUUUACUAAAAAUUCUUAUAAGAAAAUUCUCGCAUUGCCGUCAACAUCAUCUCCUGAGAAUGAAACUUUUUCUAUGCAUCGUCUCUAUAGCAACGACGUUGAUAUCGUUCCACAAUGGGUUGUUGCAUCGAUUGAUAAACGAAUAUUUCUAUGUGAUACCGAAGGUGAAGUACGCAUAUUUUCUUAUUCACGAAAUUUACGUCGACAGCCGCUAUUAAUCGAACAUUUUCAUUUGGCUACUUUGCGUGUCAUAUCAGCAUUUACAGUAACAGAAGAUUAUUUAGUUGCAUACGAACCCUCGACACAAACGUUAACAUUACACACACAUCAUGGUGGAAUUCUUUUACGUCUACCAUUUCCAUGCGAUCCAGUUAUGAUGAUUCGAAGUAUCUGCCAUUCGAAAAAUCAAAUUUGGGCAUGUAGUCAUACACAACGAAAAUGUUAUCGACUUCCUGUUGAUCAUUCCAUGAAAGAAGUGAUAGUUUUUGACGAAUACGAUCUUACAAAUCCAAUAUCGAAUGCUGUACCAGCACCGAUUGGUAUUUCCACGGACGAUAAAGAUCGUGUCGCUGUACAUGAUAUUAAUACAAUCACACUAGAUCGCCUAUUACUGUUUGUUAACGAUCAAGUUAUAACUAUCACACUCGAUUUUGUGAAAUAUCUCGAUAGUCUCGAAACAUCACGUAUCGAAGAAGUUCGCUUAGUACCAAAACACGAACAUUUAGUUAUGAUUGUUUAUGCUUCGAAAGUUUCUAUCAAUGAAUUACGUGAAGUCGUUAUUAUAGAUAUCAGUCUUAAUCCACCGGAGAUACUUUAUCGUUUACCGGAAAUAAAUGGCAUCCGAGGUAUUGAUAUAACAUCGAACGGUGAACUAGUUUAUACAGUUCCGACACAAAAAAAUAAACGGAUCGCCACUAAAAUGCAUAUCUACAGUCUAUUUCGUUAA